AAACAGUUAUACACAUUGCACAGUUCGGAGCCAUCUUUUUGAAGAAACCAAAGUGACAACAUGGCUGACCUAAAUAAAAGUCUGCAAGAUUACUUGUCACGAUCAUCGUCGUCUACUUCACUACCAAAAAGUGAAAGUACAUCAUCUAGUUUAUCAUCAGGAUUUUCUGGAUUUGGGUUGUUCAAGAAACAAAAUGUUGAAGACCCAAGCCCGACUGACACAUCUGGGAACUGGUUCGCCCAGGCGCAGAGCGAUCCUCUGUUGCCAAGUUUGUCAAAGAAGCAAAGAAUUCUGGGAUUUGUGACAUGUUUACUAUUGGGAACAUUCUGUAUGUCACUGGCUACCCUCUACAUACCUUUGCUGCUCAUGAAAGCAAGGAAAUUUGCUUUACUAUAUUCCCUUGGGAGCCUGUUCAUUAUUUCCAGCUUCUCCUUCCUGUGGGGACCUGUACAUCAUGUUAAGCAUCUCUUCUCACUUGGAAGAUUGCCUUUUACUGCUGCAUAUUUCGGAACCAUGCUCCUUACACUGUACUUUGCUAUGUGGGUGAAGAGUACAAUAUUUACAGUCAUUUUUGCCAUUGCUCAAGUCAUAGCAUUAAUAUGGUACAUCAUCAGCUACAUUCCAGGUGGACAAACUGGACUAAAAUUCUUCACCAAAAUAUUUUACUCUGCAGCAUCAAAAACAGCACAGAAAACUCUUCCAAUAUGAAGUAUUGGAUGAAAGUCUUCAUGGAACCAGCAUGGGUGUCAUGGUGACACAUAAAAGAAGAAUUAGUUCCAGACAACCUCUUUGACUCUUCAAAUAGUUCUGAAAGAAAGACAAUUUUUGUGGGCUUUAUGUUUUUACUAUAUAUGUAUAUGUAUGCCCCCAAAUCUAAAUGCCUCUCUCCUUUGGCAGUAUUGGUUGGGUUAAAUGGCAAACAAUGUGCUGAGGUUUGCUGUUGAUGGUAUUUGUUGGCGCAAACUUGUUUAUUAAUUAUCCUGGCAUUCCUAAAGCUGUGGCACUUUCUUUGGACUGACUGGCUGGGCCAUCUGUUCUUCCGUGUGAGAGACAACACUUUACAGUAAACACGCAUCACACUUAAUUCCUUAAAAUAUUUAUUUGGCUUACAGAUCCUAUGAAUCAAACUGCUGACUACAAUAAACAAAUGACAAAUAAUAAACAAAUGUGAAAUCUAAAAUAAAUUAUUUUUUUUACUUUUAUCAUGAAAACUUUUGAAGAUAAAUAAACAAAAAAUAUCUUUCAGGAUAUUGCAAUUUAGCUAAGAGAGGACUUCGCCUUAAAAAAAAUGUUACUUUGCAGUUGGGCUGCCAUUUUUAAACAAACCAAAAAACAAGCAAUGAAAAAUAAUUGUCAUAACACUAUUCUGUGAAUAAGAUAAUCACCAGCACAAUGGAGCAGAGACUCUUUUCUUCAAAUAACAAUUACGGCUAUCACUCAGUUUACAGAUAUGUAAAUAUCACACUUCUAAUAUAAACAACUGUAUUAUUCUUGGCUGUGUUAUGUAUAUAUUGGAGAGAAACCUGGUACAUUAAGAGAUAGUUCCAGCUGUAUAUAUUUUGUACAUAUCAUGAAAUGGAGAAAUAUAAGUAUUUUGUUUCAUUGAUCAAUGUUUUGUGUUGCAACAGCAACAUUCUAUUUUAUUUGUUAUCAUUUAGGUGCGUAACAGUGCUAGUCAGGAAACAUUUGAAAUGACUGAAGGCUGAUAUGACUGUUCAGAAUACAUAUGGGAUGGUGUCCUUAUAUGAUAAGGGACCGUUUAUAAGUCAUGGCUAGGGGGGUCAGUGUUUGCCCUAGGCAUAAAAAAUUAGGAGUCAUCAUGACUCCCUGGUAUCAUGAGAGGGAGUAAUGGACAUGUUUUGGGAGUCAACUUCAGUUUGGGACUUUCAUCAAGACAUCAACUGUGAUUGUUCAAUAACAACACAAAAACAAGGUGAGGCAGGUCAGGUAUUUAAUCACUUAAUCUAAGCAGUUACCUGGCAAACAUUAAACUAAGUAGUGUGGAUUAUCUGAACUAAGGGCCCAGUAGCAUUGUGUCAACAAUGAUGCAAGCUUCUAAAUUCACUGCGUAUUUGAGUUAAUUUGUGCAUCAAAUAGACAAGUUUUCUGCGUCGUUGCAAACACUGGGGGGUGAGGCUGAUUUUUAUGGAGAAGCUUGUACAAUGUGAAUUACCCACCCAAAAUAUAUCUACAAAGUACAAAAUCAAUGACAUCCCCCUUAGUACAAAACUGAUGACCCCCUACCUCCCCAGAACAAAAUAGGUGACCCCCCUUAAAACCAUCAUCAACACCACCCUCCACCCCCAAACCAUAACUUAUAAAUGGUCCCUUAACAUGAACAAAUUUCCAUCUUCAGGGUAAACUGUAAUCCUUUCAUCAAGGUGUUUGAGAUGUGUAUUUUGUUUUGAUCCAUCACUGGUUUGCGUCUGAGACAGUAACUAAAAGAUUUCAUAUCAGUAACCAAGAAAGACUUAAUCUGGAAACUUUUGUAUGAUAGUGUUAUUUAUAUGAACAAAUAUGUGGAUGGUGAUUUUGUAGAUCUGUAUUAAGCAAUUGAUUUUCAUCUGAUGUUUAGACUGUUGUAAAUAUCAACAUUGAAUAUUCUUAUUGGAAUAGUUAGGGAGCAACCAUUUGAUUUUCAGGAUGUGGGGGGCGAGAUUAGGUUUGAGAUGAGCAUGUUUUUGUGUAAUGUCAAGGAGCUAAGUUACUAUUAACAAAA